CGGACGCUCCUGCACAUACAGCUCCCUCGCCAUGAAGCCGAUGCUCGUCCUGCUCCUCGCCGCCUGCGCCGUCGCCAGCUACGUGGCCCCAGUGCACCACCCGCACGUGGGCGGCCCCGUGGUCGUGCGCGCCCCCUCCCACGACUCCGCUAUCAUCCAGAGCCAUCGUCUGGGCGGCAACUUCGCCUACUCCACCCACGAGGCUCACGCCCACGCCGUGAUCAACCCGAUCGUCGCCCACCGUCAGGUUCCCGUGGGCGUGUCCUUCCACCCGGGUCAGCCCAUCGUGCACUCCGAGACCGACUACGUGUCCACGUACGUCCCUCGCUACGGCUACGCUCAGCCCCUCGUCGCUCGCAGCCACUACUAGGGGGCGAGAGACAG